AUGGCUUCUUACAGCUUGCCACGACCAUCUACAAACCAGACACCAAGUCUGCGAUUCCGCGACAAGCCAUAUGAUGUGUCAAAACUCGAGAAAUCGCAAAAGUUCACAAACCAUGUUUCGCGCGUCUGCGAAUUGAUUGCCCAGAGGCACACGAAUUUUGAUGGACUCAACAUGCUUGUGAAGCUCUCGUUCGGGGACGGUACCCAAGAGCAGCCGUUGCAUUCCAUCAUUAUUGAUUCCCGCUCGAAAAAAGCCAUUGUUCUUGAAAUGCUUCCUGAAAAGGUCCAACCAGACCUUGAAACAACCAUUUUGCCUGAGUUUGUGCUUGAUGUCAUGGAAGGUCGCCUCAAUCCCCAGCAAGCAUUCAGGCUCUACGCUCGACCUCCUUGUCCGGGUGCCUUUGCCAGUCGCUUCUCUGCCUUGGGUCCUCCAUCACCUAUAAUAAGCAGCGACGAGUUAAACGUUGAGAGUCUGCCGAAGCCGUGCGAAGACAUCCAGCAAAUAAAGAGUGAUCUCAUAAAAUGGGGCUACGCAUUCGUCGCAAACGCUCUCACGGCGGAGGAAGUGAAAGUGAUCAAGACUGCCCUAGAAGAACAAGCAGCGGGUGAACGGCAGGCCGGAAUUGCUCACAUGGCGAAUCUCCAUAAAUCUGCCGACGAUAAGCCCGAUCAGCGCGUUUGGAACCUCGUGAACAAAGGAGAUGAGUUCCUGGACCUUCUGAACCACCCCCUGAUCGACGCAAUCAUGCCUUGGUUCCUAGGAAGAGAAUUCGGCCUCUUCGCCAUGACCGCGACCAUCGUAUCGCCGAGGUCCAAAUCCGGAAUUUAUAUGCACACAGACCAGAUGGACAUGACGCCCAAUACGACAAAUCACCCUUAUCUCUUGAACAUCUUUUGGAAUCUAACUGACAUAACUGACGAGAAAGGUGCCACUCGUAUUUACCCUGGAUCACACAUCAAGAACGUAGUGCCUCACCAUAUCCGUGAUGUCGGCGGCUCGAUACCUGCAGCAGCACCAGCUGGCUCAUGCCUCCUGCUGGACAGUCGGACUUGGCACUCCACCGGUAUAAACAAGACAAGUAGCUCACGGCCUGUCAUCUGCUUGACUUGCUGUAGAUUUUACGUUCAAAGAAUGGAGAAGCACGACCUUUUCCUCUCCGAAGAGACCAAAGAGAAGUUGUCUAAUCGCCAACGGGUACUACUCGGUCUCCCGCUCAAGCAAACGUCGAAUGGCGCAGACAAACAAGGCUGGGGAAGCAUCUAUAAAUUGGGAGGAAUUGACGCCGGUAGAAUGCGGGUAGCUGUGUAG